UUGACCUCCUUCCUCUCUCUUUCUUUCUCUUCCCCCUCCCACUCGGUCGAACAAUCUCUGGUGCCUGGUUCUGUGGCCAUCUCGCAACUAUGCGACCACCACGUUUGAUUCUGGUCGUUUUCUGCCUUAUCUUCCUCCCCAUCUUACUCACGCUCUUUUCCGCCUUAACAUCCUCUCCUCGCGUGUCCACCCCCAGUUCGCUCGCUGGUCGAGCCACUGGCCUGCACGCCCUCUUUUCCUUCAAUAUCCCCUCAUCGCUCUUCCCGCCCUCCGCUAUAAUCAGCCUAACCGAUGACAACUCGACCUUUUUCCUCGCCAGACCUGCGGCGUUUGGUCCUAUGCUCCCAGACAAGGGACUUAGCGCCCAAGUGUGGAUUGGCAGCGGCUUUGGGGAGCGAACUGCGGCUGGGGCCGAAGGGGAACUAGGAUGCUCAGAUAUCCCGGGUUGGGGAGAAGGCGAUGGUCUGAAGCCACCUGCGGGCACGGACAGCACAACUGGGAAGUCGGGGUCUGGUCCCUCGAAUGAACCAGUCGUUUCGCCGAACCAUCGCCACACAAUUCCUCAACCUGACACCGAUACUCAACACGACACCAACAAUAAAGCAACUUCCCCGUUGACUAAUGACGGCACGGAUGACCACCUCCACCACCCUCUCCCGGAGUCGGAAGUAUCAGAUUCGAAUGUCAUUGAAAAACACGGGGAACGCUCUCAGACCCGACAAGCCGCUCAUGCGGACAUCCAGUCUCUGCAAGAAAGCGCCGAGAUCAAUGGCAAGGUCGUCCUAUUGAGUAGGGGCGGCUGUGGCUUCCUGGAGAAGGUCAAGUGGGUCCAGCGACGUGGAGGAAUCGCUCUGAUUGUCGGAGACGACACCCGAGGAGGAAGUCUCGUCACCAUGUAUGCGCGGGGUGACACUUCCAAUGUGACAAUCCCCGCCUUGUUCACUUCCCAUACAACGGCACACCUGCUAUCCUCCUUGGUGCCUCCUCAAACCUGGGACGAUUCCGGGGCAGAGGAUGGAUCCAGCUCUCACGCCAAACUCAUUAGUCACGGCAACUCUGGAAAGCAACGCGUGGCUACUACGGCGACCACUUCUGUCACACCGUCACCCACAUCGACUCACAAUGCAGUGACCCACGAGAGCUUGGUCCCUUCGAAACCAAAAUCCGGGUUCUUCCACGGUCUUAAGUCCUUGUUCGGCCUCAGCGGCCAUGGUGGAAAGCCGUGGUCUCCGCCGGAGGAUAGUCGUCGCCCUCCCAGUAGCGGCAAUAUUAACUGGAUUUUGUUAGAUCGUUGGGAUGACCAGGAGCCGUCCCAGGAUGAGAUUGAUCACAGUCACUCCAAAACGAGGGCCGAUAGUUCUGCUGAGGGUCGCAAGAAAUCUGGAUCUACAUCGAGCAAUACAGAUGGGGAUGGAUUCGUUAUUGGGGUGCAGGACUGGCGAGAUCCAGACCUGGUAGUCCCGAAGGGCAGCGCCCUUCCGUCACCCACCAGUCGCACAGAAAUCGACAGUAGCAGAGCGCAAAAUAGCGAUAAGGGAUCACGACCCACAUCAGCCACUCUAAAGGGUGGCAGCAUCACUCCAGGAAGUGGAGAGUACCGCACUGUUGAGAAGUCUAGCGUCGAUAAGGAGUCAAAGAUGUCGGAUUCUAGCAUCAAAACUUCAUCUGAUCGUGUUGAAAAGGAGCCGUCCUCGCCGAAGAAUGGCUGGUUCACCAAACAUUUCCUCUGGGCUACGGAUGACGAGCCAGACUCCAGCCAAAGUUCCAGCACAAGCACACCAGCUGCCGAGGAUCAGAAGUCACGCGACGCGGCUUCUCAGAGCAGCCAGAGCGUUGAUACAGCAGAACAUGACGGUUUAUGGGUCACCUUGACGCCAACGAGCAUGUCUACGAGCCCUUUCUUUGAUACCCUAUUGGUCCUUGUCGUCAGCCCCCUACUCACGUUGACUGUUGUAUAUGUUCUUUUGUUGCUCCGGUCCCGGAUCCGACGGAGACGCUGGCGAGCCCCGAAGUCUCUCGUCGAACGUUUGCCCGUACGAACAUAUCACACCAUCACGACAUCUUCGGGAUCGAGUUCUCCAAGAUCCGUCAGCCCUGGUCCGGUGUCGCCGACUUCUCCCUUGCUGGGUGCUAGAAGUCACUCGGGACGAUCUGAAAUGCCGUCCCAAUCCUACCAGGAUUUGAGGGCUACGGACGCGAAGAGUCCAUCAAAGAUGUCGAAGAAGGAGAAAUCUGGAUCGACCUUGUGGCGGCGUAAAUACACCGGGCGGCAAGUCGAGUGCGUUGUGUGUCUGGAGGAAUACGUUGAUGGACAGAGCAGGGUGAUGAGUCUACCCUGUGGGCAUGAGUUCCAUGCAGAGUGCAUCACACCUUGGCUCACAACGCGCCGGCGAACUUGUCCGAUCUGCAAAGGUGACGUAGUUCGGUCAAUGUCUCAGAGCAAAACUACCGAGCCAGCGGAGGCGUUGACUGAGGAAACAUACCGUGACGACGCCGAUUCUCAGCAUAGUGCAUCGUCAGCGCCGGUCCCGAUCACCGGUGUGAGCGAGGACGAGACGUCAGACCUCGAACGCCAUGCGGGUGCCGAUACAGGCCUUCUCGAAGGGCAGGCAUCCUCAGCGCCACCGGGUUGGAGAAACUUUGCAGCGCUGAGUUAUUCCGCUCUUAGUGGAGACACGAUCUGGCAUCAAGCUCAGACGGAAGGCAGCAGGUGAUCUGCUUCUCUUGCUUCAUUUCUAUCCACCGCCCCUCUUCCUCUCUUGGAUGAAUGUGUUUCCGGACGAGGGGUUUUCUGUCUUUCGGGGCGUUUUUUUUUUCUUGUGAUCCGAGCAGCAUUAGCGAUGUUUUGACAUUGUGCACCUUGAGUCGGUUGGCGUUUGGUGGUUAUGCAUGGCAG